AUGCCAGUGCUUCCUCGGUGCGUUCUGGGGGCCUGCUUGGCGUCGCUCCUGUGCCAGGGGGCGGUUGGCCACCGGUCUUCGAAGUCUGUUGCAGGCGACUUGCUCGAGAUCUCCGACACGGCGGAAGUCGAAGGCAUCAACGACUACCCACGAGCUCUCGAAUUCCAGAAGAGCUGGGUUGACUACAAAAAUUAUGAGCACGUCUUGGAAGACGUCAAGAAAAAUGUGUCUGAGAUGCUUUCGCAGACUGAGGUUCCUCUUCCGGAGUUGACGAAGCUGGUCCGAGACCUUUGGAUGCUUUCCGAUCAGGCACUUGCAAACCAAAACCACUACCAAUGCUUCAACCUUUGCGUGCUGUGCGAGCCGUCGCCGGAAGAGCUGGUAGCAGAUCGGCUGAGGACCAUCGCCGUGUCGCGCGCAAAAGACUACAAGGACAAACUCAAGAUGGCCCUCAUUGCCCCUGCAGAUGCCACCGGUGGUCUCGUUGCCGGUGUGUUCGCCGGCUUGUUUGCUGCAGGGGCCUGCGGAGCUGCCGGCGGUAUCGUUGCUGGCUCAGCGACGGCCGAGAAAAUCGGCCCGGGCUUUGUCAGCCUUAUGGCGGGCCUCGUCUCAGGAGCCGUGACCGGUGCGGUUGUGCUCCCUUUCGCCGUAGCGGUGCUUCCACUGCUCGCGGCGGCCAAGGGCGUUGGCAUCACCGAAGCCUUGACGAACUGCGCCCGCGUUGGCUUCGAGAUAGCCGAGGGCGGCAAAUUCUUGCAAGACCAGCCCUUCGCGAACCAUUUUGGUGCAAACAGCUACGGCUUGAAAUCGCUCAGGAAUGCUAUGGGUUACAACGUGUCCAAGUAUUUGGACGGCUUCUUCGACAGUAAUCCUGACGAUCUGUACAAGCCGGACGAGUCGUCAAGUGAAGAGGUGCAGAACUACAAGGCCUUGUCCCACUGCGAAUAUCUACGGCUUCGGCCAUUCGACACCCGCCACGCCGCACUCUGCGCCCGGCAUUCCACGCUUUGUGGAAAGCGCGGUGGCAUGUUGGUGGCCGAAGCCAAAGAUGGUCAGUGUGCAGCCCUUUCCGGGAGCCCCUCAUCCAACCAAGAUGUGAUCAUGAGCCGACUGUUCCAGCACAGCAAGCAGGAGGCAUAUGCGCAGAGACAUGGGUACCGGUACGUGGUGCACACAGAAAAUGCACUGCCAGAUCGGGAGGCGCAUUACAGCAAGAUGUACGUCGUGUAUCAAAGGAUGACGGGGCAGAGAGCGCAUUGGGCUUUCAACGCCAAUCGGCCGGAAGACCCACCCCCAGACUGGAUCUUUUUCAUCGAUUGCGACGCUUUCUUCACUGACUUCGCAACAUCGGUUUCCGAUCUGAUCAACACAUAUGCUCAGGGUUCAGGUCCUGGCAGCGACAUCGCUCAUUUCCUUGUCGCCGAAGAUCCUGGCGGCAUCAACACGGGUGUGUUCCUGAUACGGAAUUCCCCGUGGUCCCUGCGAUUUCUGGAGCGUGUGGCAAGCAGUACCUUUACCGUUGCAUGGGAUUCUUGGCUGGAUGCAAGCACAAGUGUCGAGGAUCAGUCCAUGUUCUUCUGGCACAUGGUGAGGGGGGCUAUGGAGAUGGGACUGGAGGACUUCAGCUACCCAACGGAGGUUCGUCUCGUGCACCAGGCGCAUUUCAAUGCCUUCGUGCCGCCAGCCUCGGUUGACUGGAUGGCUCACGAGUGGCAGCCCGGCAACUUUGUCCGGCACUUCGCAGGCUGCCCAUGGCAGGAACAGCCCUGCCUGCAGAUGAUGGUGGAAACUGCAAAGAUGGCAGCGCUACCCCAGUCGCAGCAGCAAGCACUGUGGCAACAGAGCUCCACCCAUGGCGUGUGGAGCGACAGCGCAAAUCACGAGAGGAUUGGUUCGUGCCAGCUUUCUGUCAUCAACCUCAUCGCCCAUGGCUUCGCAUCGAGGGCGUCGGCCUUUUGCAGCCACGCCGCCCCGGAGAACUGCUUUUCCGUCCACACGUCAUCUAGUAUCAUCGACUUUGUCUUCCCGCAGGAGGAGGCGAUCCUCAUACUGCUGCCCGUGGUGUCCAGGCUCUGCGAGCAUGUGCAAGGCUGGCCGGUGGCUGGUGCAGUGAGAUCCCGGUCGCAGCUGGUCCGGCUGCACGGCUGGUGCAAGGCCUGCAGGAUGCUCCUUUUUGUAGCUGAGCCUAGUUAG